AUGACGGAGACAAGAUACCAUAUGCAAAAUCCAAGAUGCAAGUUACGAGAUACUAAACUUAGAAAGGGCCGAAUACCAGGUUUGAGGGUCCUCGCAUUCAUUGCCAAUUGGAUAUGGCCCAAAGAUCGCUGCCGUUCCGGUAGUCUGUCGAGCCUCACCUGGCAUCCAGACUACCUCCAUCCAGGUUCCCCCUCCAAAUCUCUGGCCCGCAUAUCCAGGGCUGCAGACGGCCGGUUCGUCUUAGUUGAUUCCGUACUGAGUCUACGCGCAGAAAGCACUUCUAACAUUUCCAGCAGCGAUGACGGAGGGUUUUUACCAAAACGAGGUGCUAAAAACCGAGCUUCGUGGCGUAGGCCACUUGUGGGCUAUCCCAGUGAACUCAGCUUAAGAUCCGACGCAUCAGGACAAUCGGCGUCGGGUUUUCCAUCCUUCUUUAUGGGAACAAGAUACCAACAACCCGCUUUGAAACCAAUUCAAACUAUAUACAGUCCGCAAACGCCCCAGUUUAUGUCAAGCAGCCCAGCUACGUCUAGCGGACUGUUGUUAUCUCCAUGGACACCAAUGUACUUCAGUGACUUAAGCUCGGUUAGGUAUACUAGUUCCGGAGAGCGAUCUUAUCCAACACCACCAGGUUUCAUGCAGUUAAAAUCAGUCCACGAACGCUAUUCACAAGAAUUGCCUCCUCUAAAAGCUAUACACGAGGAGCAUCAAGGAUUUAUCCCUGUACAUCCCAUAAGAGACAGUCCUAGAGCCAUACCACAACAUCGGCUUAUAAGAGGUUCCAGGUUCCUGCCCCCAAGACAUGCAAGAAUAGCCCGUAGCGCUCCAGAGCUGGACCAUCUGGACAGAUCGCCGGAAAGUAGAUCUAGUUCGAGUGGUUUUGGUAGUAAAAAUACCUCUCAGCAGAAUCAGAGUUCCCAUAGCGGAAGCACUUUCAUGAGUUGGGGCCUACCUCCGUACAGACCACCUCCGCCAGUGCCAUCCAUGCUGCCUCCACCCCCUCCUUCGCUUGUAGGCCACUGGUUAGACAUCGCUAGUUCUUCCCCAUCUGCUUCAGAUCACAUCCACAAAGCCGUUGACGUCGGAAGCGUCGAUGGUCACUACGAGUUUGACCCCAGCACACCGACUCCCACUCCUUCCACGCCGACAGGUUCCAGAGACAUAGACUUAGACACAUCCGGGCCAGGACCACCCAUGCGGAAGAGCUACGGAAUCAUCCGAAGCAGGUACGACAACAUCGACGCAAGAGUUCAAGCCAUGAAAGAAGAGUUCAACGAGUUCAGAAAGAGGCAAGCCAACAGGAAACGCAGCCAGGAGUUGGAGAGUGUCUGUUGA